GGAGAAAAAGGAAAUGAGACAAAACAAAAGGUUUCCUCAUAUAAACUUCCAGGCACCAGCUCCAACCAUUUUCUUCCAUUGUCUUCAUUUCCUCCCUUUUCUCUCAACCAAUUUCUCCUAAUUCGCGACCAAAACCCUAAUCAUGCCAAUCAAUUCAUCAAUUCAAUCCAAUAAUUUCUCCUGAAACACUAAGAUUUCUUCGAUGGAUUCUUAUCAAUCGUACGAGGAAUCACCAUCAACAACUCUCACAAUUACAAAUCCAAAAGUAUAUCGUGUGAUGAACAACGGAUCAACCGCUUCACCUAAAUCGCCACCGUCAAUUUGGCUCGAAAUCAGACUCUUUUACGUUCGUAUAACACCAUGCGAUAUAGACGAUGUACCAGAUUAUUUGAUUCUUAAACAAAUUCGUGAACAACUUGGAGUUUGUCUUGAAAUCAAUGGCACACGUGUGCCGGCUUCUGAAACGGCGUCGUAUACACUACGUAGAGAUCGUAUUGAUAGAGAAACAUCCGAGGUUACUUACGUUAGCACCGACAAUGUCAGGAUCUCUGGUGGUGUGGAGUUUGAAGUUUACGAGAAGGAGAAUUUGAUUCUUUGUGGUUCUUUAGGAAGGUUCGAGAAUGAAUGGAGUAUGGAUGUGUUUCAUGGAGGCUCGAUGCAUAAAUGUGAUUCGGCGUUUUUUCAGCCGAAAUUGGGAAUUUCUUCGCCGUCAAUUGAGGUUUAUGUUGCUGGAAGAUGGAUGGAUGCGCCGGUGAUUUUGACGAAGAUGAUUAAUCUUAGUCCGAGGAGGAAAUCUCCGAGAUACAGUACUUUGGAUGCGAUUCCUGAGGUUUCUGAUGAGAUCGAGAAGGAUUUUAAAAUCAUUGAUGCUAAUGGUUUGCGACAACGGAAAUUGCAGCUCACUGGAAGUGAAGAUGAGUAUGACGCAGAAGGAAAGUUGAUGCACAAUUGGUAUCCAGAAGAGGUUUAUGAGGGGGAAGAUGGCCAACUGACUUGGUUCAAUGCUGGAGUAAGAGUUGGUGUUGGUAUCGGCCUAGGUAUGUGUUUAGGAAUUGGUAUUGGUGUUGGACUACUAAUGCGAUCUUAUCAAACCACCGCACGAAACUUUAGGAGGAGGACAAACCUUAGAGGCAGUCCCAAAUCAUCACCCCAACACAAGCCCAAAUCACCAAUCCCAUUAGUCGUAACCCUAAAUUGUGUUGAAGACAAUUCUUUAGAACAAGAUUCCCUUUCUGGAAUCGCCAUUGUUGAACAUGUCGGCUUAAGCCGAUUAGCCGAUGGAAGAAUUGAGUCUGCCGCUGCUGUUCUUCUUCACUCACUUGCUUUUCUACCACGAGCUGCUCAACGCCGUCUUCGUCCAUGGCAGCUUGUGCUUUGUCUUGGCUCGGCUGAUCGUGCUGUUGACUCUGCAUUAGCUGCCGAUCUAGGGUUACGGCUUGUUCAUGUUGAUGUUUCUAGAUCGGAGGAGAUUGCUGAUACUGUAAUGGCGCUUGUUCUUGGUUUGUUACGACGGACUCAUUUGCUGUCAAGGCACUCAUUGUCGUCGUCGGGAUGGUUAGGUUCGGUGCAACCACUUUGUCGUGGGAUGAGACGGUGUCGAGGGUUAGUGCUUGGGAUUGUUGGGAGAUCUGCUUCUGCUAAGUCUUUGGCUACUAGGAGUUUGUCUUUUAAGAUGAAUGUGCUUUAUUUUGAUGUUUCUCAGGGGCAAGCAAGCCGAUCUUUAACAUUCCCCCCUGCUGCCAGGAGAAUGGAGACGUUGAACGAUUUGUUGGCUGCAAGUGAUGUAAUCUCUCUUCAUUGUGCUUUGACUGAUGAGACUGUUCAGAUUAUCAAUGCUGAAUGCCUGCAGCAUAUAAAGCCAGGGGCAUAUUUGGUGAAUACUGGAAGCAGUCAGCUUUUGGAUGAUUGUGCUGUUAAGCAGCUAUUGAUUGAUGGAACCCUUGCUGGUUGUGCGCUUGAUGGUGCUGAAGGACCACAGUGGAUGGAAGCCUGGGUCAGGGAGAUGCCUAAUGUGUUGGUACUUCCACGAAGUGCAGAUUAUAGCGAAGACGUAUGGCUGGAGAUAAGGGAGAAAGCAAUCUCUAUAUUGCAAAGCUACUUCCUUGAUGGAGCUGUUCCAAGUAAUGCUGUCUCCGACGAUGAGGAUGAGGAAAGUGAAAUAACCUUUGAAAAUGAACAAUUUGAUAAACCAGACAGAGAAAGGAUGAUACAGAGUCCAAUUGUUGAGCAACCGACAAUUGAUAACUUCAUGGUUCCAGAAAGUUCCCAUAGGACAUCUUCUGUACAAGUAGACUCACCAAGCCAACAUCAGGUUUCAGCUAUGUCUCCAAAUAGCUCUUCUCGAUCUGAAACAAAGCAUAGUAGAUCAAGUAAGAAGGCUAAAAAAAGGCAUGCUCGCCAAAAGUCUCAACUCAAGUCUGAGGAUAUCUUGGAGAAAGAGAGUAUUUCACAGCAGGAAGAUGAUACUGCUAUGAGUGGUACUGAGCAGGCACAUAGUUCUGGUUCUCGUUGUGCUUCACCUGAAGACUCCAGAAGUAGGAAGACAUCAAUAGAACUGGUGCAAGAUUCGCCAUCGGAUAUUUUUCAGAAAUCAGGCAAGAACGCUAACAAGAAGUCUGAGGAUCUACUUAAAGAUGGUUGUAUAAUAGCCUUACAUGCAAGGGACAGUUCCAUGCUGCAUGUCUCGAGACAAAGGGUAAAAGGGGGUGGUUGGUUCCUGGACACAAUGCGUAAUGUAACCAGAAGAGAUCCUGCAGCUCAGUUCCUUGUUGUUUUUGGAAGCAAGGACACUAUCGGACUACGAUCGCUUGCAGCUGGUGGGAAAUUGUUGCAGAUAAAUAGAAGGAUGGAAUUUGUAUUUGCUAGCCACAGCUUUGAUGUAUGGGAGAGUUGGUCAUUAGAAGGUCCCUUGGAGGAUUGUAGGCUGGUUAACUGUAGAAAUACACAGGCCGUUUUGGAUGUCCGAAUUGAAGUUUUGGCUACCGUUGCAGACGAUGGAGUUUUGCGUUGGCUUGAGUAGGUUGCAGAGACGAUUAAAACCAAUGAAAUAUUGGUUUCUGAAUUAUUCAGUUUGUAGGUUGCUUACGAUUCCAAAAAUGGCUUAAAUUGUGUAAAAUCUUUCAGUGUUAUUUACUCCAUCUGCAGUUACUUUUAUGUAGUUGUGUAUUAUGUUUGUUUUUUCCCUUCUUUUUGGUCCUUUUAACUCUUGUUGGUGAUCCCAUUCUUAUCUUGGGAAAGGAAUGAAAUUUACCUUCUUUUUGUUAUUAGACUCAUAGCAUUGUUCUAUUACAGAAUCCUUACAGUUGCAAAUUACAAGGCUCUAAGUUUACAUAUACGAUGUGAAAGUGAGUGCUGAAUAUUCGGUUUGCGGUUUGGUUUUUCGGUGAAGACCGAUUAUUGGGCGAUUCGAGAGCUACGAAAGUCAGGUGAGGUUUUUCGUGAGAAUGCUUGUGCUUUUAUGGGUGGGUUUAAUGUUGUAAUCUCUUAUAAACACUACAAAUCAUUAUACAAUUGUCUUCUAUUUUGCAAGGAUUUU